AUGAGCCAAGCCAACAAAGAUGCUCCCACCAUCACUCCUGCUACUGUCGAGGGUAGGGAUCCAUCAUAGAGCUCCGUGCACAGUCAAUCUAACCUACCUUGGCAGAUGUGCCUGAGAUCUUCGCCAUGAUCAAGGAACUUGCAGACUACGAGAAUGAGCCUGCCAAAGUUCAGGCUACUGAAGAUUCAAUCCGACGUACGCUUACCUUCGCUCCUUGUGCUCGAGCACAGCACACAAACCCAGGCUAUGCCCGUUGCUUCGUCCUGCGCACGCCGACCGAGCCGUCAGACGCCUACAAAGCCAAGUACCCUCCCACUGCGGACGAGAAGCCAGGCGCGGUUGCUGGCAUGGCCGUUUACUUCAACAAUUACAGCACCUGGCGUAGCAAGCCUGGUAUCUACCUCGAAGACCUCUUCGUUCGACCGCAGUACCGAAAGAGAGGCUACGGAAAGAUGUUGAUCCAGACAUUGGCGCAAGAGGUUGUGAGAAUCGAUGGUGGAAGGUUGGAGUGGAGCUGCCUGAAGUGGAAUGAACCAUCAUUGGCAUUCUACAAGAGCUUGGGAGCCAAAAGGAUGGAUGACUGGGUACAGCUUCGAGUGGAUGGAGAGGCAUUGAACAAGCUGGCUGGUGCCCCAGGACAUUAG